AUGUCCAGAUCCUUGCCGGCUGCUCAGAACACUGGGAACCAGUUUGUGACUGUGCUGUACUUUGCAGCUGCUCAAUCCGCAACAGGUCUCCACACCGAGAUGAUUCCUUUCCCAGAUACUUCACUCACGCUCGGUCAGCUCGCUCGUCUUCCAGUGGAACGUCACCCUGCUCUACAGGAUGUCUUGAACGAGAUUUACUUCAAGGGUGAAGAAGUUGCUGUCAUUUGCCCAGUAUCUGGUGGUUAG